CGAACUGAACAAAUCAGAUCAUUCACACUCCUCUCGAAUAUCUGCCGUGGCCCUUCUCACCAAUUAAAGCAACAUUUGCCCCUGCUUUUUCCUUGUUAUAAAGGCGUGACCGCCGCGCACGCCAAACUGGCGAACAAAAACAACCCCACCAUACCGCUAAGAGUGGUGCAAAUAUCUCGUCACCUCUCAACGAAUUCAUCCUCCGACACCACAACACCAUUAAACACAACAAUGGCUUCCAAAUACACUGUCAGAAAGAUCGGGGCUCCAAACACUUUGGAGCACCGUAUCUAUAUCGAGAAGGAUGGAGUUCCAGUUUCUCCUUUCCACGAUAUCCCCCUUUAUGCCAAUGAGCAACAAACUAUCUUGAACAUGGUCGUUGAGAUCCCAAGAUGGACAAAUGGCAAGAUGGAGAUCAGCAAGGAAGAGAUGCUUAACCCAAUCAAGCAAGAUGUCAAGAAGGGCAAGCUUCGUUUCGUCCGCAACUGCUUCCCACACAAGGGUUAUCUCUGGAACUACGGUGCCUUCCCUCAAACUUGGGAGGACCCUAACGUUAUCCACCCAGAAACCAAGGCCAAGGGUGACAACGAUCCAUUGGACGUUUGCGAGAUUGGUGAAUUGGUCGGAUACCCUGGCCAAGUUAAGCAAGUCAAGGUUCUCGGUGUUAUGGCCUUGCUCGAUGAGGAGGAGACCGACUGGAAGGUCAUUGUCAUCGAUGUCAACGACCCAUUGGCUCCUAAGCUCAACGACGUUGAGGAUGUUGAGAGACACCUUCCAGGUCUCUUGAGGGCUACAAAUGAAUGGUUCAGAAUCUACAAAAUCCCAGAUGGAAAGCCAGAGAACCAAUUUGCUUUCACUGGAGAGUGCAAGAACAAGAAGUACGCCACCGAUAUCGUCCGUGAGUGUGCUGAGGCUUGGGAGAAGCUCAUCACUGGCAAGACCACCCCAGGUGAUGUUUCAACCACCAACGUCACCGUUAAGCACUCAACCAGCCGUGUUGAAGCCAACCAGCUUCCUCCUAUCCCAGCCAACGAGAACCACGCUCCAGCUCCUAUCGACCCAAGCAUUGACAAGUGGUUCUUCAUCUCUGGUGCUGCCGCUUAGAUUCAGAUGUCUUGAAUUACGGCUACAAAUUUGCAGGCCUUAUCGCCAGAAUACCAUAAAAGUUAAACGAUCCUACACAUAUGCCAUCACUAUUGGCUGUAGAUACAAUACCAAGGUUUCCAAGCGCAGUUCUUGCACACCCAUAAUACUUCUGGCAUUCAAUAUGUGCAACUGUGAAAAAUUACCA